GCCUCGGCCUGCUGGAGGACGAUCCCAAAUUCCAAUUCGGCGUGUUUUCUAUCUUCUGCUUCUUUUUUCUUUCUUUUGCCUUCGCUGCGGGUGGUCUAGACUCUAGACGAAGACUCGUCUUCCUCCGGUUCUGGCCGAACGGUCGGAUCUCCCCCACCAAUGGCCGCCUCCCACCCACCCACGCUACUCCUCCUCCUCCUCGUCCUCGCCGCCAUCGCGCCGAGGCCCUCCAGCGCGCGCCACAUCAUCACCUUCGCCCCUUCCCGCGCGGUCAACCCCUCGUCCCUCGCUUGGGACCCCACGGCGCAGCACUUCGUCGUCGCCGGCGGCGGCGAUGCCGUCCUUUCCGUCUCCGACGCUGGGGUAACCGAGUCGAUCGUAUCCACUGGCGCCUCCUCCGUCGCCAUCGACGACCGCCGACGCCGCCUCCUCGUCGCUUCCCCGGGGUCCGUCUCCGCCUUCGAUCUCCGAUCCCCGCGCCCGCACAGCCUCAUCUUCUCCACGCCGGUUCCGGACCCCGCCCCUCCGGGUGGCAUCGCUGUGGACCCUCACACCGGGAACGCCUUCCUCACCGUGGGCGCCCGAAUCUACAAGCUGUCCGUAGAAGGCGACCUCGCCGCGCUCGCCUCCGCGCCGGCGCUCGGCUCCGAUCCCCUAGCCUCGCUCACCGCGCACGUGAGCCGAGGCUUCCUGCUCGUGGGCCAGCCCAGCACGGGCCGCAUCCUCCGCGUCGACAUGGAGGACGGCGCCACGAGGACCGUGUCCUGCCCCCUCACGCCCCCCACGCCGACCGCGGUGGCGGUCCGGACCGAUGGGGCGGUGGCGGUGGGUGGGGCCGCGGGGCUGCGCCUCGUCGUGAGCAACGACGGGUGGGUGUCGUGCGGGGUCCGGGACGAGGCUGCGCCCGCGCCCGACGGCCCCGUGGCCGCGGUGGCGGUACGGGAGCGGCGACGGGUUUACGCGCUGGUGGAGGCGGGGGCGACGGACGGGGGCAACAAGUGGCGGAUCGAGGAGACCUCGUGGAAAUCGGAGUCGGAGGGGGAGAUGGUGGUGGUGCUUCUCUUCGUUGGUGUCGCCCUCGCCAUCUUCAUGUUCUGGAGGUUCCAGAUGCGCCAGCUCGCCGGCAACAUGAACAAGAAGAUCAGAUAGUACCAAUGCAAUGUCUCCUUCACUCCUUUGAUUUUGAAGAAUCUAUAGUCAAUUGCCUUUGUUAUGCCGUAGUUGGUGUAGCUAGAUACUUGUGGAUUAGACACGUUACUUCUGUGAUCUUUUUAUUUGAUAGGAACCAAUCUUCCUAGUUAGCCACUGUACCUGCAAAUUUCCACAUUGUAAUGGAAAAGGUAGAUUUGUAAUGAUGGUGAAUUGCACUUGUGAUUCAGUAAACGGAUAUCGGUUUGAUUAUUUCAUUGUUCUGUUCAAACA